AUGUUUACCGUGCAGGUGCUACCGGCGGCGGCUGAUGACUACAGUCCGAAUAACAAGGCUGCUCAGGUUGUGCGUGCCAAGUUUGCGUACUACGUGUGUCCGAACGAGGUGACGGACGCCAUGAUGCUCACCUGUAGUGGUAACUUAGUCAUCCUUCUCGGCCUCGCCGACUCCGGCAACGGCCCCACUUUGGCAUCGGGUCCGGUGUUACCAGACCGGGAGCCGAUUCCGGACAACGCCGUUCAUGUCGACGGCGAAGCCAUCCACGAGAUGUUUGGCCAGAUCGGCCUUGGUUACCACGACGGAUUUGCGGCCAUGAAGAGCUGUGAGCGCGCCCUCGGCUACGCGGCCGCCACGGCAGUCUGGCCAGCCGAUGCCAGCGUCGACACUUAUGCCGAUGCUGCGUCACCGGGACCAAGCAACGGCUCCUACGUGCUACAUCCAGUCAUUUUGGACGUGGCUUUCCAAGCCUUGUUCGUCGCACACGCACAACCCGCGAGCCUGUUGCCCGAGAGAGCGAUGCUGCCGUCGCACAUCGAUCGCGUGCUCAUCGACCCAAACGUGUCCGCGGAGGAGAAUGUUCGGAUAGACUGGAAUACUGAGACGGCUGUUCCGGAAUGGUUGAGGGAGGAAGUUGAGACCAUUGGGGCGAUGGCCGCAUCCGCCGCCGCUGUGGAGAAGGACAAGACGGAGGCCGGCAUCGAAGUUCUCCUGACAGGAGCAUCUUCUUUCCCGGUAAGCCACAUCCUCACAGCCCUCCUUAACCACCCACCCGUCCGCAAAGUCCACUGCAUCGCCGUUCCCUCCGAUCACCAGCAACUCCUUUCUUCCACCUCUUCCUCCGUCGCCGAGGUAGUCUAUUACACAGGCACCCUCCUCUCCAAAACCGUAUACAUCAUCGUCCACGCAGCCGCCAACGGCCAUUGCCUGAACCGCUUCGCCACUCUCCGCCGCCCGAACCUCGAGUCUCUACACUCUCUCGCCUCCCUUUCCCUAGCAUCAGCUUCACCCCGUAAAACAGCGAUCCCAAUUCUCUACCGUUCGAGCCCGCGCACCCUGCUCCUGGCAGGCAAAACCGAAACCCCCACGGCCGCAUCUUCUCUCCGAGAUUCCCCCCCGCCAGCCAUCGACGGUUCGGACGGAUACACGGCGAGUAAGUGGACAGGCGCAGUAUUCCUGGAGAAUCUGAUCAUUCAUCUCAAAGAGCGUGAUCACGGCACUGAGGUUGGAGCACGCGAACCACCAAGACCCGACCCCUUCAACCUUACGAUCGCAAUCCACAGGUCCUGUACCCUCGUGAGCCCCCAAGCGCCCAACUCGGACGCAAUGAACGGCAUCCUGCGCUACUCCCUCGCCAUGCGCUGCGUACCUCGCCUCCGGCGCGCAGAAGGGUUCCUAGACUUUGCGCGGCUCGACGAUGUCGUGGGACAAAUUGCAGCCGCCGCCGUCGAGUUGGCGGCUCUACAGGGUACCUCUACAUCAACUGUUGAGCCUACCGCGGUAGAUGCAUCACCAUCAGCGUCGUCGUCCAUCCACCUCCGCCACCACUCAGGCGGCAUCAAGACCCUCUUCUCGCAAUUCCGCGCACACAUGGAGACCGUCUACGGCGGUGCGUCUGAUGAGAUUGACAUGCAAGAAUGGCUUGUCCGUGCUUCUCGACAGGGCCUGGACCCGCUUAUUACUGCGUAUACUGAGGCCCUGCUUGAGAGCGGGAUGCCGCUGGUGUCGCCGUAUCUCGGAGCAGACCUGGAGUGA